CUAUCUUCACAAUACACAUUGCAGUGAAAUUUUGGGGAUCCCGUUGUCCAGAAUAUUCUACAUUAUUGGUAAAGUAAAACAACAAUGGGCUCUGUUAUACCAGAUGAUCAGCUUCAAAUGCUGAAACAAUUUGUUACACUUUGCAAAUCAAAUAGUGAUUUGCUUUAUCUUCCUGAACUUGGAUUUUACAAAAGUUAUCUGGAGAGUUUGGGUGCCACAAUUCCACCUCGUAAACAGGCAGAACCGCCAAGAGAUGUACCAAAACCACAGCCACCACAAGAGGAAGAAGAGGAGGAAGAGGAAGAAGAUGUGGAAAGUGAUAUUGAACUUGGCAAUGAAGGUGUCAUAGAGGACAAUGAUGAAGACAUGCCUGUUUAUGGUGAUGACACUGUAGAGGUGACUGAUGAAAUGAUUGAUGAGGCUAAUGACAAACGCUCCGCAGCUUUGGAUGCUGCCGCUGAAGGUAGAUAUGAAGAUGCUAUCGAGCAAUUAACAGAGGCAAUCAAACUGAAUCCAUCAUCUGCACUUCUGUAUGCGAAAAGGGCAACAAUUUUUAUUAAAUUGAACAAACCAAAGAAAGCAAUUCAUGACUGUACUAAAGCAAUUGAGCUCAAUGCUGAUUCUGCUCAAGGUUACAAAUGGAGAGGAAGGGCUUACAGGUUGCUUGGUCAGUGGGAGGAAUCUUAUCAUGAUUUAACUUUAGCCUGCAAACUAGAUUAUGAUGAUGAUGCUAAUGUAUGGCUGCAUGAGGUCACACCUAAUGCCAAGAAAAUAAUGGAGCACAAACGAAAAUAUGAGAGAAUAAGGGAGGAAAAAGAAUUGAAAAAAAGAAGAGACAGGAUUAAAAAAUCACGUGAAGAGUAUGAACGAAUGAAAGAGCAGCAGAAUGCACAUAGUGAUGCAGAUGGCGGAUUUGCUGGUUUUCCAGGGGCAUUCCCUGGUUCAGCAGGAGGUAUGCCAGGAAUGCCUGGACUCUCUCAGUUGCUCCAAGAUCCUGAGCUGUUAACUGCUUUCCAGGACCCAGAAGUUGCUCAAGCUUUCCAGGAUGUGGCCAUGAACCCAGCCAAUAUCUCCAAGUACCAGAACAAUCCCAAAGUGCAGGCAGUUAUCAACAAAAUGGCAACCAAGUUUGGCAGCGGUGAGGGGGGUCCUGGGAAAGGUUUUCCAGGGGCGUUCCCUGGUGCAGGAACUGUGUGAUGUGUCGCGUGUUGUUGUUUUUUAGUAAAUAAUUGAAGGAGAGAUCAAGAAAUUUUGUAUGGUAGAUUGUAUAAAUAACCAGUUCACUCCUCUGUCAUCACAGAUAAUUCAUUACUUUCUUUAGGUAAAUAAUAAUGGGAGAGUAGGUAAUGAUCAUUUCAAGAUUUUUUUUUUGUUCUUUUCAAUUUCUUUGCUUGUUCAAUUUUAUCAUUAGUUUUUUCUUUCUAAUUUAUGUUUGCUAGCCUUGAAUAAAUGGAAUGAUAAAGUAUUUAUAUUAAUAAUGGAUAUGUUUAUAUGACAAACUUCACUGAGUGUUGCUAGGGUAUAUGCAGUUUUUUAUGGCUGCGAAACAGGAAGUGAAUGUAUUGCUAACAAAAAAUAGCAUGUUUUUGUUUUUAAUUUUUGAAAUGGUACAACGUAAUUAAAGUGAAUAUGUGUAUGUUCUCAGAUUUGAAAAAGUUACAUACAGUCAAUCAAUACCAUUCAUUAUAUUUGUAUAUUUCUAAAACUAUUUCUUAGCUUCAACUAUGACCAUUUACAAAAGGCAGAUAUAUUAGAAGAGAGGCAGGGGUAUCUUUUGUGAUUUCUUAAAAUUGCUGCUGUUGGAUAAUUUUAAAUUUUGUUACUAAUUUGACUUGUCAUAGAAAUGAUUUCUUUAUACGUUUUCAAAUCAAACUUGAUAUUUAGAUGAAUUUUUUUACUUAAGAACUUUCACUCUUCACCUCUGCAAACAGUACAAUUUUGUACUAGUUUUAAAUUUUUGAAAUGUAGAAAUUAGUCAUAAACAUCAUGGAUAUAUAUAGUUUUUUAUAUACCUGUUCCACAAACCUUACUAAUCCUUACCUUUUUUUUUAUACAAAAGGAUGCCACUUUCUCAUAUUUCUUUAAAUCCAGAUUUCACAUGAUUUAUUUUAUUAUUUUGCAAAACCAUUUGUAUUUUUAAAAAUAAUUGUAAUCUUCCCCAUAAUCUUUGUCAAAUCCAAAUCAAUUUAUCUUUCUUUUAUAAACUGGGAUAAUUAUAUGAGUUGUAAUCUUGUAGGAAAGGUGUUUUAGUGUUGUGUAUUUAAAUUAAAUUUGAUGUAAUACCUUCCUUAUGUUAUUGCAUUUAACCAUAGUUUUAUUUUUUAAUUAAUGCCCACUGCCUUAUUUGCCAAGCAAUAUAAAGGGAGUAAUGGAUAAAGAUUCAAAUUCUUCACACAGUUAAGUCAAUUGCUUAGGUAAAUUAAAUUAUCAAUAUUUAUCUUUUGUUCUGCUGACCAUGUUUAGUUAUCCGAGAGCAUUGUGUUAGGCAAAACUAUUAAUGCAAGCCAUUUUUUUUUGUUGAGGUUUUGAAAAAGUCGUUUUGACAUUUUUAAAAAGAAUAAUUGCCCUUUUCCGCUUUAUAUACCAAUGGCAUUCUUUUUUUUAAGUAGAUCUAACACUAUUAAAUAUAAAAUAUGUUAAUAUUUCACAAUUGAUUUUUACUACAUUGUAUUCAUGUUUUUAUAUGUGAAUUUGUUAUUUUAAACAUUCAUUAAAUCCAUCUUUAAGAAAAGAUUAAAAAAAAACUACUUG